UAUGACAACCAUUGCAACGACGUUUGUUGUCAUUAGCGUUCAGACCUGAAAGCUUUGGUUAGCUAGCUAGCAAUUAGUUUAAAACGCCAGAUAACGUUAAAGUAACUAAUAUUGACUUUAAAGUAGUUUAUUGCAUAAAAAAUGGACUCAAAUUCGUUGUACUAUUCGUUGGAGCUCGUUGCCGGUAGUGGACAUACUUUAAGCGUUGAACAAAGAGCCGCUUUACAGACUUCCCUGGUGAUCCUGAAGAAAAACUAUAAGUUCCAUCGAGUUUUGUUUUGGGGCAAAAUAUGGGGAUUAAAGGAGGAUUAUUUUAUCGCUCAGGGGAGAGGAGAAGAUGAGUUGCAGGACAAAAAGAAUUUCUAUAGUUUCAACUGCAUGGACUGGUUCUUGCUCCCCCCAGCCACAGACUCUAUGAUUGAGGACAUGUCCAAGGCUGCAAAGGCUCGCUUCACAGGAGACCCCUCAUAUGUGUAUGAACAUCCUGAGAUCCUCAGGCGAGGAGAGAGAGAUGAGGAGGUAGUGACCAAAGUCAGCGAGGAGACGAGACUGGCAGUGGCAGUUCAUCAGAUCGAUGAGGAAGUGUCUGUGGUGCCCCGUGGCGCUUUUCUCAAGAGUCCACAUGACCUGGUCCAGAUCAACCGCAGCUUUAGUGGUCUGUCUUACUCAGAAGCAGGAAAGCUUGACAGCUUCUUUCACUUCAGCAAACCAAAGAAUUUGAAGAAGAAAUCCAUCCUGGAAAUGGGUGAACUGAACCCAGCUAUUGACUUCUUGGACGUACUGAGUGAUGACAUACCCAAAGGAUCAUGGAGUCUUCAGUUUGAAGGGGCCAGCAGAGUGUGCGUGCUGCGCAGCCUGUUGUGGCUCGGUCUGACCUUCUACCAUAUGCCAAUGACACCACAGCAUGGAUACAUCUAUAUCGGUGAUGGCACUAAGAAUUUGGACCUUCCUUUCAUGCUCUAAAGAGAGACAUCUUGCACUUUACAGCUGCAAAUUCCUCAUGUUUGUCUGUUAGUCAAAUCAACCAUCAAAAUGUAUUAAAUGGAAUACAUUGCA